GUGAAAGAAUAAUUAAUAACCCUCCCACAGACAUUAUGUUGUGAUAAAUUACUGGUAGUUGAGAGAGGUGAUGAACGAAUGUAAUUGGCGACUAAUAGAUGUGUGGUAUUGUGUUUGUUACAGCCGAGACGAUAUGCGGCACGACAGAGAUAGUGUGAACAGAAACACGAGGACUGCAUCUAGCUACAAGCAAUCAUUGCCCAGAUACGGACCACCAACACGCACCGAGUACCGCCUUACCGUGGAAAAUCUGUCCAGUCGUGUCAGCUGGCAGUGUGAGGAAAAACAAUAAAAUUGAUGUUCUUUCCGAAGAGCCAUGUCCUCUUCGCCGAGGAGGGGCGACCGGUAGGGCCAAUAGACUGAUGAUGUGCGAUGAUAAAGAUGACGAUGCACGCGAUGGGCCCGCCUGAGGUCAAGUGGCACCAGGUUGAUUUCUGAGGUGUCCCCGGGUGAGAGAGAUAGCCGCGUGGCACACUGGGUACACCUACCACCUACCGCCUACUACUACUUGCGCAGUGAUACGUGGUGAAACCCAGUGAGACAAUCCCAGUGACCGAGAAUAGGUUCUUACGUAUCUGCGAUCCUUUCAUCGGUGAUCGGUCUGGAGAGAGAAAAACGUCUGCCUUCUACGAAUCAUCAAUGACUCUGACCUGUCUAUGGAUAUGCUCUAUGUUUUACCACCAUCAUCAUCACCACCGUAUCAUGAAUUCUACGCCUGUUCACUCCUCUACCCAUGGUGUCCUCUCUGAUCCCAGUAUGUAACGCAUUACAAUUCUCUCUUUGUCCCGAGUCUUUGCCUCGUACCUCCUUGCAACAGAUUAUCAUAAAUUGAUUCAACGAUUCAUGAUCAUCCACCAGAGUAUUCUGCACCUUUCUGUCCAUUGUCUGAUGAAUCCCGAAGAGUCGCAUCUUCUCCUAAUCUGUCCCGAGACUCUGCUACAUCCGUUUUCCCGUCUAACUCUCUCUACUGUCACAUUUAUUACUACACCACCUACGACUGUUACUGCUACUGGUACGCCACCAACUUAGCCAUCUAGUAAGUCAGGCAGCGGCCACCCAUGAGGGCAUACACGGGCCGAAACCCGAACCAUCCGCGACUACGCCACACAGAUCCGUUCGACCCGACCAAGCGCCGUUGUGUCUGGCCUUUCUCUCUGUCCGUAAGCAAGGUGGUGCCUGGGCCCAAGGAUUUGAAGGAUUAUAUGAGACAGGCUGGAGAAGUGACGUACGCAGAUGCACACAAGCAGCGUAGGAACGAAGGAGUUGUAGAAUUCGCAACGUACUCUGACCUGAAAAACGCCAUCGACAAGUUGGACGACACAGAACUGAACGGACGAAGGAUCAGAUUGAUCGAAGACAAAAGACGCGGACGUCGCUCAAGAUCGUCUAGCUCGAGAUCAAGAUCGCGGUCUCGAUCAAGAUCACGACGCCGAUCUCGCUCCCGCUCAAGGUAUAAUCGUCGUUCUCGAUCCCGAUCCAGGAGUCGCCGUAGCUCUCGUAGCCGCAGCCGCCGCAGCAGUCGCUCCAAAUCAAGGGCACAUUCAAAGUCCAAAUCGAAGUCCAAAUCCAAAUCCCCUGAACGUAGCCGCUCCCGUUCCAAAUCCAAAUCAAGAGACCGCUCAAAGUCGAAAUCUAAGUCAAAGUCCAAAUCCAGAUCUCGUUCUAGGUCCAAGGCCGAGAGGUCAAAGUCCAGGUCGCAGUCCAAAUCCAAAGCCAAGUCUCCCUCGAAAGACAGAUCUAGUCGCGAACGAUCCAGGGGCGACAGAUCAAGAUCCCGGUCCGGCAGCAAACAUAGCAAAAGCCGCAGCCGUUCACGUUCGCCGAUGAACGGAGACAAAUCACCAGAAAGUAACAAGCAGAAAGCCGAUUAAAGGAUGAACACGAAUGAGAACGACGAGAGAGAGAGAGAGAGAGAGUGAGUGGCGAGAAAGAAAAGGCGGAGAGAGCGAGAGGGGGAAGAAGAAGAAAGAAGAAUUCACACGAGGAGCGAAAUUUGAAAGAGAGUUUCAAUCUCUUUAGUUUCCUUUUAUUUUUUCUACAUUACAAAAUACAUCCAAGAAGCCAAUUUCAUGCCUUGUUUUACGACGUCCAUUCUCCCUGCGAUUGGUUACACACCUCUGUAGCUGACGUAUUACACGAGAAAACACACGAUAACGUCAUUUUUAUGAUAACGCGCGAAAGAAAAAAUUCACCGAGUACCCGCGGGAAAGAAAAACAAAAUGAAAUAUGGAGAACGCAUAAUCCGAUUGGGAAAAUGUAAUUUUUGACGAUCGGCUUUAAAGAAUGAUUAAUUGUACAUGGUUUACUUAAAUGAGAGCCAAUCUUGGUACGUUGGUUUCACUUUAAUUUUAAUUGUAAUACAUCUUCAUUCGAGACACACCACACAUCUCAUCUAGAAGAAUAAGAUGUCUUCAUACGUACCUUAAACGGACUCUACACGUUUUCGAUGUAUCGCCGUAUAUCGAGGAAUUCCCUGUAAUGGCUUUUUGUAUAUAUUCCUAACAAUCACAUUACAAAUGAGAAGAUACGUGAUGUGUAAUAAAUUUAGUGGUAAGAGGUAUCUUAUUAUCAAUAAAAUUUCAUGCCAAGCCUA